AUGAAAAGUGCUGCAAAACCAGUUGCUGCACCAGCAUUGCCGACUGAGUCUGCUGAGCAUGCUCAGCAUGCUGUUCAGGCUCCGUCAGAGCCGCCUGGCACUGAGCCUGAUCCAGUGCGCUGGGACAGCCAGAUGCGCCGGACUGCGCUGAAGUUGCUUUUCAACUGGCCAGUUAGGGUCUGGCAGCUAUGCUUGCAGUUCCGCAAGAGCGUGAAAGACGCUUACGGACGGGACCGAGCUCAUGUUGAGGCCGCGGCAGCUGUCCAGGCUGACGGGAAGAGGCGCAAAGUGUGUUUGGAUGCCGAUGCCGACAGCAGCCGAGCACAUGUGGAGCCAGAUGGUCAAGAUGACGCUGAGUGGACUGCGUCUGAAGGACACAGAAUGCUGGGUGCUUUGUCCGAGAUGGACAUGAGCACCAGCUUCUCUGGCAUCGAUGCUCCUGCGACAGCGUUUUUGAAUCUUGGCAUUGGACUGUGCAAACUUUUGGACGUGAGCCUGGAACACAUUCCACGACCUCGCAACCUCUUUGCGGUUGAGUGGACGCAUCCUUGCCAACAAGAGCUCUCUUGUCACCCUCACCAGCCUGAGCAUAUUUUCGACGACAUCAGUGAGUUCUUUGUUCCGCAGAUUAAUGCCAGGUUGGACGCACUGAUUGCCCAGAAUAAAGUUCAGAGCGUGCUGGUGCCAUUGGUCAUGAAGGGCGGCGCCACGACCACGUCUGCUUACUGCUUGCGACACAAGAAGACGUGCCAGGCUCGUGGCGGGGACGGGUCAGCAGGGACUUCCCUCGUAACAUCAUUGUCGGGCCAGGGAGUGACGUCGUGCCGUCUGCACGUGGCAGGGACCCCGUGCCCUGAUUGGUCCCCUCGAGGCAGCCUGCUUGGGCAAGACGGAGAGUCUUUUACACAUUUUCUCGCAUGGAUCUCCAUGCGAAUGCAGUUGCAGGAGCCAAUAUUGGUUCAAGAAAACGUUGAAGGAUUCGAUACGGGCUUGCUUUUCAAAUUCUUAGGUGGUCUUUACCACAUAGAUGUGCAGAUCCUUUCUCCAAGCGACUUUGGCUUCCCGAUUUUGCGCCCGAGAAAGUGGACAGUCUUGCGCCACAAACUGAAGACUACUGCGUGGUCAUCACCGUGGACUGCGUUCUCCAAGAUGUUCCAGGCUGAUCUUUGGUUCGGUGCGUACACAAAGACGUUGAGUGAGACAGUGCCAGCCUGGGAUGUGUACUUCCAAGGACAGCCAGAUGAUCUCUGGGAGGAAUUGUUGUGGGCUUGCUCGCGACCGGAAAGCCGGUUUCAGUUGGAUGCACUUCCCUUUCAGAAUGUUGAGGAAUUAAGAAACGCGAUGGAAAAUCACCCGCAGAAGGUGAAGGAUCUUUUCUCGGCAGCUCUCACCGAGGCAGAAUACACUUUUUUGCUGGACUAUGAGUCACAGCGGCCUGGGCAAGUGUACCAGCUGAACCAGAACCCGGACGUCAGCUUCACGGCGAGCCAGUCGACUCACAUGAAGACCAUUCUGAAAAGUUCCGGAUUGCUGUGGUCAGCCGUCCACGGUCGAUGGCUUACGGCUUCGGAGGCAUUGCUGGCGCAAGCCUUCCCGAUCGACCCAGAGUUCUCUGCAGGGGUGCCGACGUGCAGCUUCGCAAACGACCGCCAGGGCAUCAAGAGAUCACAUCGCUGCAGCCGCAUGUCGCAAGCGGGGAACAGUAUGCAUUGCAUGAUUGCAGGCGUAGCGCUGCUGUACGCGGCCACAGAGGUAACCGUGAAGCCUGCCCAGGUGGAUCCUGCGUGGCAUGGCGUGUUGCUCGAAACCGCAGUGUCAGAGAAGAUUUUCUCUUUGUACGAGGCUGGACGUGAGCUGACUCAGCUGCAGUUGCUACUCUACUACUCGCAGGCCCCGCAUGGUCCAGAUGGUACCCUCACAAGAAUUCCUUGGUACAUGGAAGAUGGCGCUCGAAACAUCGUCCGGCACAGCCUCAACAACCGCAAGCAGCAAUCCGUGCGGAAGUCAUACGUCCGUGCCAUCACGGACUAUGGCAUAGCAGAAGGAUGCCGGGGCGAAUGCUGGCUAGUGGUGACGCUUGUCACGAUGUGA